UAUGUCAAAGCCUUUGUGCUUUUCAAGACACCGAGGCGACAGAAGGAAAAAAACAGCUGGAUCCAGGGGUUCAGCUAGCAGCUCGGCUACCUCCACCAGCUCCUCAAACAGCUGCUCCUCCUCGGCCGCCUGACUUCGACAAGCCGGUCGUGAGGCUGAUGAUGUGGUGUGAAGAUGGAGGCUCCUGAAUACCUGGACCUGGAUGAGAUCGACUUCUCCGAUGAUUCAGUGUAUUCUGUGACGUCUCUGAAAAGCAUCCCAGAGCUGUCCAGGAGGAGUGAUGGCCAGGCCGAGGACAGACCAGCUCCAUCCAUCACCUGGAGUCGUGGCGUUUCCUCCCACAGCAGUGGGGGAAUCAAACCCACGGGACUCGCUGAGGUCCACAGUAAGUUCCGGCCAGUGAAGAGGGUCUCCCCUCUCAAACACCAGCCAGAGACCACCGACUGUGACACUGAUGGUAAAGUCCAGGGCCAGGGGCUGGGCCUGGGAGAGCCGGGUGAGGCCAGUAAGGAUGGCCCCAGCUCAGACAAGCCGAUUCACGCCUCCACCUCCUCUGACGGACUGGGAGGGAAGGCGAAGGGCCUGGGCAGCAGCGUGGGUGUUGUUGGAGGCAGCAAUCCCCAGGCUCUCUUCGGGGAGCUGGAGCACUAUGAUCUGGACAUGGACGAGAUCCUGGAUGUGCCUUAUAUCAAGUCCAGUCAGCAGAUGUCCACGCUGCCCCGUGUCCCCCACGACAAGCGCUCGGUGAUGGGGAGCAACCUAGGCGGAGGCACCCUGGAGAGGAACCGAGGAAGCCUGAAGAGCUCUGCUUUACGCCACAACGAGCCUCUGAGCUUGGGCAGCAGCAGCUCUCAGACUCAGUACUGUGUUCUGUCUCCGGUGAAGUGGUCAGACCUGAGGAAGUCCAAGUCCAUGGACCCAGACCUCCACCACCUCCACCGCUCACCGGCUGGGGGAGGCUACCAGCCAGAGCCACUGUCCUCUGGGCUCCUCAGCUGCUCCUCCUCCCUCUCUUCUUUCUCUGAUACAGACAAGCUGCUGUCUGCGCGGGUCUACCCAGACUCCCAGAGCCAGAGGCCAGGCGUGGAACCUCCUGGGGGCCUGAUGUUCCCCCUGCCAGGAUGCAGCGUGGGCAGGCAGGAUGGCUCUAAGCCUUGGGCUUCUGGACCAGGAGGAGGAGGAGGAGGAGGCGGUGGUAGUCUGAGGGGGUGUGGAGGAGCAGGGGGGGAGGUGGAUGAGGAGACCAAGAAGAACCAGAACAUCAUCAACAUCGUUAGGGAGGGACAGAUCUCCCUGCUGCCUCACCUGGCAGCAGAUAACCUGGAGCUGAUCCGAGACGAGGAUAGAAACAACCUGCUGCACAUCUCAGCCUCUCAGGGUCAUGCAGACUGUCUGCAGCAUCUCACAUCUCUGAUGGGGGAGGACGGCCUGAACGAACGCAACAACCAGCAGCUCACCCCCGCUGGCCUGGCGGUCAAGAACGGUCACCUGGAGUGUGUCAGGUGGAUGGUGAGUGAAACGGAGGCCAUCGCAGAGCUGAGCUGCACCAGAGAACACCCAAGUCUGAUUCACUACGCUGCCCGCUAUGGACAGGAGAAGGUCUUGUUGUGGCUGCUUCAGUUCAUGCAGGAACAAGCGAUCUCUCUGGAUGAAGUUGACCAGAAUGGAAACACUGCUGUCCACGUAGCAGCUCAGUACGGACACCUCACCUGUAUACAGACUCUGGUGGAGUACGGCUCCAACGUGACAGUCCAGAACCAGCAGGGGGAGCGGCCUUCCCAGAGUGCCGAGCGGCAAGGACACACCACCUGCGCUCGAUACCUGGUCGUUGUGGAAACCUGCAUGUCGUUGGCUUCGCAGGUUGUUAAACUCACUAAACAGCUGAAUGAACAGGCAACAGAGAGGAUGGCCCUACAGAAACAACUGCAGAGACUGACGGACCCCAACAAGGCAGAGGGAACGCCUUCCAGAUCGCCCAGCUCCCACCAGCCCUCAGUGGAGGCGUGGUCAGAGAUGAUGUUGACAGCAGAGGGGACUCCAGGUGACGCUCACUGGUUGGUGCGUCAGGGAGGGGUGGGUCCAGACUCUGUGUUAAGGCAGCUGCUGGGGAAGGACAUGUCGGAGACGCUGUGUCCGAGGGAGAGGCUGCCUCCUGCGGGUGGCUUGAGCAGAGACGGCCCCUGUGGAACUGGGGCCCCUGGGGGCCGCAGGACUGGGCUGGUGGAGAGGAGAGAGCUCAAACUAGUGAGACUCAAACAGAUCAUGCAGCGCUCUCUCAGUGAGUCUGAUUCUGAUGGUUAUCCAACAGAGGAGGGUAAAAAUCAAGGAGCCCCAUUGUCAAACACGGUGCGGUCUGAUAGGCCGUCCCACCUGCCAGUCACAGAGGAGGAGCCAGUGUCAAACCACCUUCAUCUGAUGAUGAAGAAGCACCUUCCCUCGUCGUCGUCCUCAGCCGAUAGGAAGCUAGCAUUCUCUCUAACUGGGUCAAAGUCUGUCGACAGCAUCUGUCACAACCCCUCCCCCACCUCCAGCGACCCCGAGGCCACAGAGGGCAAAACAUCAGAUGCUUCUGGCGACUUCCAUGACCCUGCCAAUGGCCAGAAGGUUGCCACCAGCCCCAAGAGCGCUCUGAAGUCUCCCUCGUCUCGCAGGAAGACAUCCCAGAACCUCAAACUGAGGGUGACCUUUGACGAGCAGGUCCACAAGAGCUCCAACCAGGAGGCAGAGCCACCCAAAGGGCAUCAGGGCAAGGAGAGGACUUUGACAGGAAGCUCUGAAAGCAAGCGUCCAUUUGGGACAUUUCGCUCCAUCAUAGAGACGUUGAGCGGAAACACAAACCACAAUAACAACAGCAGCAGCUGUCAGUCAGGCUCUGCUGUGAAACAGCCCACCUGUCAGAACUCACCUGGCAGGAAGUCAGACAGCAAGAGCAGCCCGGGAGGCGGAGCCAAGGGCAAGAGCAAAACCAGUAAUGUCUAACCAACUAGUGCCUAGUGACGGGCCGUGAGCUCAAAACCACCUGACUACAAAGCAAAGAGCCAACAGUGAGGCAGCGAACCUGAUCGUUUCACAGAGAUGAACCUGUGUCAGACAUCGCAGUUUUAUUUUGUUUCAUAGAUUGCUCAGAACCAGACGCACGUACAGCGCCGUGCGAAGGCUUCUGGCAGUUUUCAAAAGCAAUGCUAUGAAUACUUUUUAUUUAUCCACAGUAAAGUAAACAGGAACGGAGGUCGAGGGGUUAACAGGACAGUAAAUUUAUAGUUUAAUAACUCAGUGAGAUGUUUGCCAUAAAAUUGGACCAAAUUAAAAGUGUGAUUUCAAAUUAGCAGCUGCCUUUGUCCAUUUAACAGAAAACUAACGCUGUGUCUUAAGCUGCAGUCCCCGGUAACAGAGGAGGCUGUUUGUCUCAGUAAAACAGGGAACGUGGUCGUUCUCUCGCUCCACGCACAGACACAGAAAAGCUGAAAAUGUCUUUCUUGGUAAGAAAAGUCAGAUAUUGCUGUACGGAGACAUCUGUCCUCUUUUACUCACAACCCCUAGUUCACAGCACUGCCCCAAACAUACCUGGUUAUAUCAAAUUUGUCCGAAAAUCAACAGAACUAAGCAGCAGCUGCUGUUCCCAGAUAAAGCAUCAUUUCACUGUUCUGUUCUUAUGUUAGUCAUCCUGAGGUUUUUCUACCUGCUAAACAUCACGAUUCUCAGGUUCUUUGCCUCAGACAUUUGGCUCAUGACAUUUUCUGUAAAGUUUAUGGCCUGAAAGACAAAAACAGAAACUGUCCCGCCUGCGUUUCUGUUUGAAUCAGUACAAGGUGAACGGGAAGAGCCUGUUUUUAACGAGACUGAAGGUUUUGUUUUCAGUGACAGACUGAAUUAAGUUUGUGCCAGAAUCUCCCUACGUCAGCUCAUUGGAGUUUUUAGUUGAGUUUGAUUUUGUAGAAGAAAGCGAAAAAGUGCCAAACCUUCAUCUGUCCACAUGGAGAUGAGCAGGUUCUCUUGCUGUACUCUGAACCACACUAAAGAUGAACUUGUGAAAUAUUAGUAUUUAUGUUUGUGCACACAUUUAUAUCAUUUGUAAUAAGAAAAAACUAUGAUAAUAAUUGUGCACAUGGUUAACGUGCACCAGCACAGCCGAUUGUUUUGACACCACUGUAUAGAGUAGUAUUUAAUGUUUUUUACACUAUAUUCCACAGUUGUUUGUCCAUGGUUGUUAUCUAUGCAGUAUGUUUGGCAUGAAGUAGACAUUAGUUGUGUGGCGUGUCUCGGAGAUGGGGAGGUGUAGGAAGCACCUUCUACAGCCACUGAGGCCGAGUGUUUGGACUUCAAGCAGAAUCUGAAACAGACUUUUAAAUCCAUCUGUGCAUUACAGAGACUUCAUACAGAUUUCUUGACAUUACCGCCAUUUACAAACUUCUUCUAAGCUUGAAACUAGAAGGCCGAGGCUGGAGUCUGAUGCUGUCAUUCAGUGUUUACUGCUGUGGCAGUAGGUGGCACUCACCUGGAGCCUGCAUGGACGGCAUCACUGAGGAGCGACUUCAUUAAGCUGAGUCCACCAAAUAUGUAUAUGAGAUAUAAAGAAAAAAAACUGAUUCAAUAAAUCCACCACUUAAUGAGACAUCCAGGGCUGCAGAACAUGUGAUAUUUAUCUGAUCUAACCUCUAAUUAGCUGAUCAGUUUGAACUGUUCCCUGUUAAUCAGCUGGAACUGUUUUGUGGUGAAUACAGAGGCUGGAGCCUCGCUAGCGGCCCCCAGAGGCUGUACUGUUCAUAACACCUGCCAGUACACCGGCGUUGGACGGAACAGCUCUGGGGAUACAAGUGUGAUGUGUUUUCUUUAGGGUGGUGCUAGAGGUAAUGUCUAAAAUCCCAUGGAGCCAUCCGGCAGGAGAAUCCAUACCUAACACUGACUGCCACCACCAUCCAUAGUAUUCUGUGAAACUUGCUCUCAUAGAGAUUUUGAUGAGAAGAUUAAUUCACCUGUAACGGCACCACAUUACAGCCUCAGCUCUCUAGUUUGUCUUUAGGACAAACAUGAUCAUGUCUUUUUGAUGCGUGUUUACAUUGAGACACUCUGAUGCAGCAGAAGGUUCACAUGAGAGUUCACAUUGCUGUGUGGACCAGAGCAGUCCUGCUGUGCAGGUUACUCACAUCUGGUUGACACUGAUCUGUUUCCACUGAGUAAAAUAGAGUCUGUCUUCAUAUCUAGUUAAUUAAUUAAUUCAAAAUAAUUACUGGCAUAAUCAGACUUUGAAGCAUUUGACUGUGCUAGUAGAGCACCUUACUGUCUCUGCUCUCCCACAUCUGGAACCAGAUUCCAUAAUUCUUUCCAAGGAAACAGAGCAAAGUACCAGAAGACUCUAAAAUAACAAGUGACCUUAUGUUUCUGGAGGUUUUUCACAUCCUGUCGUCAGCAGUUGCCGGGCAGGUUUUCCAUCUGUGUUGCCUCAAAUAUUGCUCAUUGCCAAAACCGUGUUCUGUCUAUGGGGCCAAUUGUGUUGACGAGACUGUUUCUGAAACGCAGUUUGUUGUAUUUGACGUGUUUUCCCUGUAACCACUUGAGGACCAGUGACAGGAGCUCGCCAUGGUUCUGCUGAGGAGACUAUCUGACCUGUACCUGUUUGUCAUUUCAGUGAACUGUUCAGAGCGACAGUGCUGCAACAUCGACUCACAUAUUCACUCAGUGCAAAAAAAAAAAA